AUGGUUAGCGGGUUGCAGGAAUUAGAAGAGGAGAUACCAAUUUCAGUUAGUGAGGAUAUUCCAAAUACUUUCACUGUUAAUGUAUACAAGAGAGACCUUGAAUUUAUAAAGAAUGAUGAUAUUCCAUUUGGAGCUGAUUUACUGCUUGGAGAAGAUUUUUCAAUACAAGGAAUGACUGUUAACAACAUGGCGCUUGCUAGAGAUUAUUCAGAAGAAGAGCUUGUAUCUAACGCGGUAUAUAUAUUUCUUCUAUUAGUGUUUUCAACUGUUGUGUUAGGCGCUCUAUUAUUUGGUAUAAGGGAAUAUUAUUUAUCCAUACGAUAUAAACCAAAUUCAGCCACUAGUGAUAAGGUUCGUAAAAGUAAUUGGAAUAAUGCCAUAGUUAGUUCAAAGAUAGCGAAAGAUCAGAAAGAUCACAAAGAUCAGGAAUUCUCAUCACAUAGUCAAUACCAAAUGAAGAAAGUAACUGAUAAAAUAAGUAAUGACGAAGAAUGGAAUGAAAUUUCAAUAAAUGAAGAGAGAAGCAGAAUUUCAAGUGGAAUAGUUAGUCAAUUAUCAGAAAACCAGCAGCUUCCAGUUUCAGAGUAUUCGCAAUAUAAGGAGAAUCCAGUCACCGUUACUAAUUCCACAGAAGGUGGUUUAUUAACCAAUGAUUCAUUAGAUGUACAAGUAGUGAAAACUAUAAAAGUGUUUCACGAUGAUAAUGUUAAUUCCCCAGAAUUCAGUGAACAUUCCAUAACAAAGUUCUUGCAAUCUGAAUUUAAAGAAGUUGAGGGUUUGAAACAGUAUAAGAAAGGUAACAAGUAUAAUUAUAAACAAUUGAAUGAAAUAAGAGAUACGGUAAUUUCUAGUAUAUUUUCUACGUUGACAUCAGAAGAGAAAGAGAGUCAUUGUAUUAGAAUGACUUCUGUACUUAGAUACUCCUUACCAAUUCCUAAAACCAGCUUCACUAGUGUUUAUUUUGCCGAUAGAGUUAUUGGAGAAAUUAGAACCAACUUACUUGGAACUAAUUCAGAAAAUUUAGACAAUACAACAAAGUCUAUUGAAAUUCUAAAGCUUCUUUCAAUUGGUGUCUCAUAUAACUUAUUUGAUAAUCCUAAUUAUUUCAUUCCCAUUUUUAAUGAUUUUAUUACUGAUAUCAUUGAUACCAAUGCGGUAUUUGAAUUAUUAAAGGACUUGAAUUCAAAUAGUCAAAGUUUAUUGAUAGAAAUGAUUCUUAUAUAUUGUUGGUCCCAUUAUAACUUUAAAAAGUCCAAUAAUUCAUCAAUAAAGAUUCAAUUCCAAGCAUGGAAGUUACAGGAACCUGUUAUUCAACCAAGGUAUAAUAUUUUUCGUUUUCUAUGCAAUGUUUUAUUGGGUUUAAGUAUCAUUGACUACAUUCCUACAAGUGUUCGAAUGGAAGAUGAGCUUAAAACAUUCGUACUCCUAAGAGAAGCUGUCAAAGGUUCCUUAUGCAACGAGUAUAUCUCGAUGGUACCUAUGUUUGCACAGGCUGUUGAUGUUACACAAUUGUCCGAUAUAAAAUAUUUAUUCUACGAACUAUUGAAAUUAUUGGUGUCAAAGCAUGUUAAAUGUUGCAUGGAUGAUUAUUUGCAACAAAAUGAUAUUGACUUAAAGGCUAUUUUACAACAUGGGUUUUGGAAUAAGCAUCAAAACAAGGUUAGUCGAAAGACAAGAGAAAUAUAUCAAAUAUUACUAGAUAAUGGAUAUAGUCAAGUUCGACUGUGGAGAAAAGAAGUUGGUGAUGGUCAAAUUUAUGUUCCAUCAGCACCAUUACAACUUGAAAUGCCGGAACCAAUAGAUAGUGCUGCUUUUUAUACAGCCCGCGCUCCAAGACCCGUUACUCCAGGUUCUUGGAAUAUAGAACCUUCUAAACGAGGCUCAAAUAGUGAAGGUAAUAUUGCUGCAAAUAAUGCUAUUGCUAAUGCUACUGCUAAUAGUGGCUCUCCUAUAGUUAUUCCAUCGUUAAGAAAUGCUACGUUUCAACAUCAUAGAAUACAAUCUCAACGCAUUCACCAAAAUAGCAGCAAUAAUGAACUGGCUCAUUAGAUAACAAUCUGGCAUGAAUGCAGGCAUAAGAACUCCCCCUCCUCCAAUGCAAAAAAGAAAUAAGAUUUCAUGUGAAGCGUUGUAUGCAAGCCGAAGACAUCUGAAAAUGAUUUUGAACCGAGCAUAAAUAUUUCGGUUGAUAAAUUUACCAUAAAUAUGAUAAUUAAUUUUAGUUCUAUAUUAUGAGAUUUUAGUUAAGGUACUACCUUUGUAAAUGAACGUCGUCAUUAUAAAGUUA